AUGUCUGAAGCUGAUGGGCCUUUGUACAAGCUACCUUUGGACACAUAUCAACCAAGUGUAACAUAUGCCAGUUACAUUUCAACAAAGCAAAUGAUUGAUCAAGUACUGAACGAGGACCAAGAAUAUGUUAUGUGGAAACUACGUAACAGAAGACUUGCAGGUAACAUGAAAGAUUACUUGGAUGAAUUCAAAAAUGAAGUUGAGCAUUUCCAAAGUAUGGAAUGGCACAGAAAAUCCCAAUCACCGUCUUCUUUCAAAAAGAAUCAUAACAAAGUGACGAAGAAGCAGAGCUGGGAUUUAAAUCGCAUACCCCCUAAUGUGGUAUUCGCAAGAGACAUUUACGAACGAAAGAUUAAAAGUCUACCCAGGCCUAGGGAAUUGGAUGAAACUGAUUUGAAGAAAUUGUUUAUGUCACAUCUAGAUGAUGAACAAAUGAACCGAUACGAAGUUUUCAAAAGAACAUCUUUGGCUAAAAACCAAAUCAAAAAAAUAUCCGGGGUUGUGACAAAUCAGACUGUAGCAAAUAACAUCAAUUUACUUUUGGGUGGUGUUGGCAAGAUAUUUGUGGGAGAAAUAGUUGAAAAAGCUCUCGAUAUAAAGGAAAAGUGGUUAUUGGGUCUCGUUGUUAAUAAAUUCCACGAAAGAAAAAGGAUUGGCGUUAGUUUGAAGAAGCAUUUGAAGAAGUUGACGAGGUUAGUAGAAAGGUCAGAUUCAGAAGACUCGUUUAAUGAUAUAAACGAUAGCGUACAAGAGUCAGAACCGGAAAGUGCUGAUACAGACGAUGAAGGUGAGAUUAAAUUUAUGAAAACAAGCAACAAUCUUUUACAAUCGCAGAAUAAUGUCGAAUCCGUACGAAAAGGCUUGAUUAAACAGUACAACAUAUUAGUAGCUAAGUUUAACGAGCUUGAUGUUUCUGUGGAAAAAUACAAGGAUAGUCCACUAUUACCGGAACAUGUGCAUGAGGCUUGGAGACUUUAUAGAAUUGAAAAUGAUACGUUACCCAGCGGUCAAUACCGUACUCAAGGGGAGGCUAAUGGUUUAAUGUUCCGGUAA